CUAGUUUCUCUUGAAUGUAGCCCCGGGGAAGCCUGCGCUUUCAGCAUAUUGAGUCGACGAGAAACUACCCACGCUCGCUGAAGUUCCGCUUUAAUAUUACACACGCUGUUUCGCUGUUCAGUCCAUUUAAUGUACUUUGUUUAAUUUGAGCUCAAACGCGAAAACAUAAACAGGUUUCGCAAUUUCUAAAGGAAGCGAGCGGCCCAGCCGAGAGCCUCGGCCCGGAGGAGGAGGAUUUGUUGGGCUGUGACUCCGCUCUUCAGCUGUUCACGUCAGACAAAACACUUCAUAUCAACACACAGCCGAAGCAGGAAGGUUGAAGAAUAUACUUUGCAAGUGAACAGUGCAACACGCUGCCAUGGCCUCAGGUGGAGCUACGGCACCAGGAGUCACCCACUUGGCCACUAAGGUGGAGUUGACCAUAUCCUGUGAAAACCUCUUGGACAUGGACGUCUUCUCCAAGUCUGACCCGCUCUGUGCCUUGUACCUCAACACGUCGGGAUCCCAUUGGUAUGAGUACGGACGCACCGAGAUGAUCCUGAACUGCCUGAACCCAAAGUUCAAUAAGAAAUUUGUGCUGGACUACUAUUUCGAGAUGGUGCAGAGGCUGAAGUUUUCUGUGUACGACAUUGACAAUAACACCUAUGACCUGAGCGAUGAUGAUUUUCUGGGGGAGAUUGAGUGCACCCUGGGCCAGAUUGUGUCCAACAAGCAGAUGACUCGACCUCUGUUGCUGAAAAACAACAAGCCUGCAGGUCGUGGGACAAUCACUAUCUGUGCUGAGGAAAUAACAGACAACAGAGUGGCAGAGCUCGAAGUGUCGGGACGCAAACUGGACAAAAAGUAUUUGUGGUGGUCCGACCCUUUCCUGGAGUUCUACAAGCAGACAGAGACUGGCUGGCAGCUGGCUCACAGGACAGAGGUUGUGUCCAACAACCUAAACCCAAUAUGGAGACCCUUCCGUAUCUCACUGCGAUCUCUCUGUGGUGGAGAUGUAGAGAAGCCUAUAAAGGUGGACUGUUACGACUUUCACUUCAAUGGCUCGCACAACCUCAUUGGGAGCUUUAAAACAUCACUAGCAGAGAUGCAACUCGGGACACACAUUUCCCCGGCUGAAUUUGGGUGCAUGAACCCGAAAAAGUUGAAGAAGAAAAACUACAAAAACUCUGGGGUCAUUUGUGUCAAGCGAUGCCAGAUUGUGAAAGAGUACACGUUUCUGGAUUACAUAAUGGGCGGCUGCCAGAUCAACUUCACUAUUGCCAUUGACUUCACUGGCUCCAACGGGGAUCCCAGUUCUCCCCAGUCCCUCCACUACAUCAACCCUGACGGCUACAACGAAUACCUGGCAGCCAUCUGGGCAGUGGGUAAUGUCAUCCAGGACUAUGACAGCAACAAAAUGUUUCCUGUCUUUGGUUUUGGAGCCAAAAUCCCUCCCAAUGGGCAGGUUUCCCACGAGUUUCCCAUCAAUUUCAAUCCAGCAAAUCCGUUCUGUGCAGGCAUUGAGGGUGUGGUGCAGGCAUACCAGAUGUGUCUACCUCAGGUGAAUCUCUGGGGUCCCACCAACUUUGCGCCGAUCAUCAACCAUGUAGCCUACUUCGCCCGACAAGCCUGUCGACAGAACAAGGCCUCUCAAUACUUCGUGCUGCUCAUCAUCACAGACGGCGUGAUCACAGACAUGGACCUGACACGUGCAGCGAUUGUGGAGGCCUCUCGCCUGCCCAUGUCCAUCAUCAUUGUGGGUGUCGGCAAGGCCGAUUUCAGUGCAAUGGAGUUCCUGGACAGCGACGACACAUUGCUGCGCUCGCCCAACGGUGACGUUGCCUCGAGAGACAUCGUCCAGUUUGUGCCUUUUAGAAAUUUUCAAGCAAACAGUGUUGCCCUUGCCCAGAGCGUCCUGGCUGAGCUGCCUGAUCAAGUGUCAUCCUUCUUCAAUUCCAAUAAGCUGAAACCCCCUAAUCAAGCCAAUGUUUCUGGGCCAUCCUAGAAAAGUGGGAUAAUAUACCCACAUACCUCAGAUUUACUACGUGCCUGCAACCACGCUGCACCUUCGCACUAUAUACACUGUAUAUAAUGGUGCAAAUCACUAUGAAGAAUUCUUCUUCACAGAUUGUGCUAUCACACAAGGGAAAAAUUGUGUUUGAAGUAAUCCAAAAUCCCUGACUGGAAUAAGUAUGCUUUGAAAUUUGAUUUAAAGUUCUUAAAAGAGGAAUUCCUGUGACAUGUUGCCUUGUAUUGCAUGAAAUCACACUAUAACACUAUUAUCUGUGCACUAACAUCCCUUGACAUGGAAUGACCAUUGAUGAAAUGGUUUACUUUGCCAAAUGUUCUAAUAUAUAAAAGUAAAACACUGUGUUCAUUGAGUGUGUGGUGUAUAUGCUGUGUUUCCAGACAGGACUGUAUGCUUGCAAGGAAAAUGUAUACUUUCAAACUUUGUUCUGGUUAACCUGUAUGUGAAAAUAACUUAUAAUUUACAUUUAAACCACAUGCUUUGUGAAGAUACUGAGGCAUUUUUUCUAAUAUGUCCUCAUCACCUUAUAUAUAAGUAUAUUUCAUGUAAACCUUUAACCUACUCGUUUACAGACAUUGUUGUCUUGUUUUGUAUUAUCUGUUUUGUUUUUCUUUUAAUUUUGUAA